CGGGGCUGCUCGGUUGCCUAUCGCCUCACUUCCGGGCUCGCCAGAGAGCUGAGGCCGACGCCAGCUCGCAGCGCUGCCAGCUGCUCAGCCGCGGACCACCGAGCGGGUGAGAGCGUAGCCAGGCCGAAUCCCCAUCGUUCGCGCAGCCCAGGCCUCUCUCUGCGGCCAUGGGGGCGUCUGCGCGGUUGCUGCGCGCAGCGAUCAUGGGGGCGCCCGGCUCCGGCAAGGGCACUGUGUCCUCGCGCAUAACCAAACACUUCGAGCUGAAGCACCUCUCCAGUGGGGACCUCCUCCGAGACAAUAUGCUUCGGGGCACAGAAAUUGGUGUGUUGGCCAAGACUUUCAUUGACCAAGGGAAGCUCAUCCCAGAUGAUGUCAUGACUCGGUUGGUCCUUCAUGAGCUGAAAAAUCUCACCCAGUAUAGCUGGCUGUUGGAUGGUUUUCCAAGGACACUUCUACAGGCAGAAGCCCUGGAUAGAGUUUACCAGCUGGACACAGUGAUUAAUCUGAACGUGCCCUUUGAGGUCAUCAAACAGCGUCUCACUGCUCGCUGGAUCCAUCCAGGCAGCGGCCGCGUCUACAACAUUGAAUUCAACCCUCCCAAAACCGUGGGCAUUGAUGAUAUAACUGGGGAGCCACUUGUUCAGCGUGAGGAUGAUAAACCAGAGACUGUUGUCAAGAGACUGAAGGCGUAUGAAGCCCAAACUGAGCCCGUCCUGGAAUACUACAGGAAAAAAGGGGGUGUUGGAAACUUUCUCUGGAACAGAAACCAACAAGAUCUGGCCACAUGUGUAUGCUUUCCUACAAACAAAAGUUCCUCAAAUAAACCAGAAAACAUCAGUUCCUCCAUGAGGAAAAGUGCAUAUAAAUAGUAAGAUGAGCAGAAGCUCCUUGUCCUAAAACUGGCAUGUAUCAAUUCUUUGAAAAUUGUGUUAGUUUCAUUUCUACUGAUUUUAUUCUGGAAAUUAAGGAUGUCCCAAAUGAAGCAAAUAUGAAGAUUCACCUUCUGAAAUGUAUGGUGUGUUUUAUCUACUUAUCAUCUAUGGAUAUGGAAUUCAAAAACAUCAGAGAUCUUUAAACUUUUGAAAAUGAGCACAAUUUUAAAAGAACAAUUGGUAAUAAUUAACUGUUGUUCAGAAGAGAAGUGGUCGGUAAAGUUUCCUUAUUUUUCUGGAAAAGUGAAAAAAUAAGUUCAUGUCACUUGUGGAAAGUAUCUUAUCAGAGGUCAAAUUGUGUGUAGACUGAUGCCAAAAGAGAGAUCUCUAAGCACUGUGGUACACGGUUUUGUGGGACAUUUUAUCUAUAGAACUUCGGAAAAAAAGCAACUGGAUUUACAGAUUAGUUGCAGGAUACAGAUUCACUGCUGCCUUUUAUUGGCCUAAAACAAAAAAAACCGCUAGAUGUUUCUCUAACAAAAUGGGUUUAUUUGAGAUCAGCAGAUAAUUGCAAUUUGAGGUCUAUAACCAAUGGUGAGCCAUGUGCAAGCCCUCCCCUCAGCAAGGGAAUGAGAAUGCUUUCGUAAGGGGAAAAGGAAGUUGGAAGGGCUCUAGUAAACACAGAGUCCGUGGCUUUUCAUUGGCUGAGUCCUUGCCAGGAAAAGAGUAUUUUCUCCCUGUUGGGUUCUACUUUAUUCACAAGGCCUGAGAGCUCCCCAUUCUGGUUUCCUGACUCUAUUUAAUUGAGGUUUCUGUUUAUUAAUUUUUUAAUACACUAUACCAGCAAACUUGUAGCAGUCAUAUAUGCUGUACUUUUUGGUUUACUCCGAAUUUUCAACCGGCUAUAAAAAUGUAUCAAUUAGCACAUAGGAAAAUAUACUUUCCUAUGACUUAACUUUUUUUGAAAAUACUUGUGUACUUAAGAGAUAUGAUUUGUUAGAAAUUGACAUCAUAAGUUCUUACAAAAGCACCAAAGUCUUUAUUUUCAACAGAAAAUGUAAUUAAAUUCGUUUUCAGGUAUUACUUAGGUUAAGAAAUGUGUGCUUUAGGAUCUACUGGCCAGUUUCUUUUUUUGAUCUAAACAUCUGCCUUGAUGAAUAACAAAUUGAACUACCAAGAAAAAGAAAGAACAAAAGAAAGAAAAGCGUAAAAGAUACCUAUGGCAGUAGAUUAAAAUAAGCAUAUUUUGUCAUUAAGAAAUAUAUCAGGUUUACCUGGGGAAAAUUCCCUUGACAUAAAUAGCAAUCAUAACUAGUAAACAGCUGUAGCAAUUAAAAGGAUUUAGAUGACAAGUUAAAAAGAACCAGGAAACCAAUUGAUUUUGCUUGAAAGAGUUCUUUAUAAUUAAAGAAGUUGACCCCUGCCAGUAUUCACUGCUAUCCUACCUUGACGGGGAAGAAUUCUGCCAGUGAAUGUAAUCUGAGCAGCCAUUUUAAAAUGAAAAUGGUUUCAUUCCUGAGAGGGCAACAGGAUGCAUGCUUAUGUACUGCAGGAUGGUAUGAAGAGCAAUGGAAGGAGAAAUCCCGUAAUAUCUUCAAUGGCAUAUCUAUUCUUACUUGGUGCUACAUCAAAUCGAACAUGUCAUUGUACCAGCUGUUAUGGUUUUUGAAAAUGUGGUGCAUUUUUAUUCUAGGCACUGAAAAUACAAAUGCCAGCAAGUGAUGCUUAUGUAUUUGGGGCAGAGGGAAACUUAUCUUUCUUUCAAUUUUUAAAAAUUCAAUAUUGAUCUUUUGAAAAUGUACCAAGACCUUAAAAAAGAAUUAUAGUAAAUAUUUCAUUCUUUAUAAAACUUC